UCUGGAUACAUAACAAAAUUCAGGCCAUAUUCACUGCUAAGGUGAGAAUAUUCAGUAUGGGAUUAAUGGGAAUAUUCACAUUAUUGACAGAGGAAAGUUUAUUUCUCCUUUCCUUCUUUGUCCUCCAUCUCUUCUUCUUCUUCUUCUUCUUCUUUUUGAAUCCACAUCCCGUUCUGUUCCUAUUAGACCAAGUCUGUUCCGGGUGUCUGGCAGAAGACACACAAUCUGGGAAAUCAAAUGAUUAAAUCAGAUUAUUGGAGAAAUGGUUGUAGAAGUCAGUCCUGCACUUGAGGUUGCCAGUUCGAUCUCUGUUCUGUCCCCCUCUGUCGUUGUGUCUUUGAGCAAGACACUGCCCCCACAUUUCCUGCUGGUGGUGGCCAGAGGGCCCAGCAGGGGGCGCCAGUCCACAGCAGCCUCACCUCUGUCAGAACGCCUCAGGGCAGCUUGGAAUGGGACAACAGCAACAUACAAAAUCUGCAGCAGAUUGACAACAAAGAAGAAUCUACAAUGGCUCUCAAGACGUGGCUGUUGCUGAUCAGAACUCUGAUCAGCGCUGUUGUUUUAAUGGUGAUACUCCACUGGCUGAACAUCAUCACACUGAGUGAUGCAUUCACUUCUGAAAGGAACCUAUCAAAGUUGGUCAUCGCAGCAUUAAACGAUCCUAAGAUAUCAGGGGCUUUAACACUAACAGUCACUGUGUUCUUCAUCAUGUCAAACUCCCUCACAACAACUCUCCUGGUAUUUGUGUCUGCAAUAUUUAGCAUGCAUUGGUUGAACAUGGUUCAACUGGCAGGUUUCCUCCCAUCUGCAUUAGAUGAUCCUAAAAUAUCAGGAGUAGUAACUGUGUCAAUGAUAGUGUCUCUCACUCUGUCAACCUCAUUAACCACAAUUAUCUUGGCUACUCUGAAUGUUGUACUUUGGUUUAAUUGGCUGAACUUCAUCACUCUAACUGACGUAUUCACAUCUGAGAAGACUUUCAUAGAGUUAGUCUUCACAGCAUUAGAUGAUCCUAAGUGUUGUGGAGUGUUAGCACUGACAGCCACUGUGUUUUUCAUCAAGUCAAACUCCCGCAGAACAAUUCUGUUGGUUGUUGUGUCUGCAGUAUUUAGUCUGCAUUGGUUGAAUGUUGUUCCACUGCCAGGUUUCCUCCCAGCAGCAUUAGAUGAUCCUAAGAUUUCAGAAGCGAUGACAAUGAUGAUCACAGUGUUUUUCACUCUAUCAAACCCAGUGACUACAACUGUCUUAGCUGCUGUGAAUGUUGUUCUUUGGUUUAAUUGGCUUGAAUUCAUCUCACUGAAGAAUGUAUUCACAUCUGAGAUCAGCCUUUCCGAGUUCGUCUUCACAGUAUUAGAAGAUCCCAAGAUGUUGGGAGUGUUAACACCAGGAAUCACUGUGUUUUUCAUGUCCAACUUAUGGGUAAUAACACUCUCACUUACUGUGUAUGCAAUCUUGCAUCGCUAUAACAUCAUUACACUGACAGAUUUCUUCCCAUCAUGGUUAAAGAAUCCCAAAAUAUUAGGAGUGUUUAUGGUGACAAUCGCAGUGCUUCUCACCGUGUCAACCUCACUGAUAACAGCUCUCUCAGUUGUUGUGAACAUCAUACUUUGGUCCAAUUGGCUGAAAAUCAUCACUCUGAUGGAUGUUUCCUUAUCUGGAAGGAACCUUUUAAAGUUGGUCAUUCUGGCAUUAGACGAUCCAAAGAUAUCAGGAGUGUUAACCCUGACGAUCUCCAUCUUCUUCUUUAUGUCAAACAUGCUGGUAAUAACUAUCUCAGUUAUUGUGUCUUUAGUAUUUAGUUUGCAUCGGUUUAACAUCAUUUCACUGACACGUAUCUUCCCUUCAGGGUUUAAGAACCCUAAAAUAUUAGGAGUGUUAAUUGUAACAGUCACUGUGUUCCUGACCUUUUCAACCUCUUUGAUAACAACUCUCUCAGUUGCUGUGAAUAUCACCCUUUGGUUCAACUGGCUGGACAUCAUCACAGUGACAGACUUGGUCAAACUGGGUUCAGAUGUAUUCAUAUUGUCCAACAGUGGGUCAAGCUACUCAAACACCCGCACUGAGUCAAGCCCAGGAGAGAACGAUUGGCUGAUGUUGUCAAAGAGAAAAGCACUCUAA